GUCACACUCGAUCGCUCCCAGUUCCAUUCAAUAGCCUACGCCUUACCUCUCCCUCUGCGCCUCUAAAUAAUUCUUCCAUUGUUAUCUCUCUCCGUCGUAAACCAUGGCGGAUCUUUACGGACUCCAUCCUCUCGCGGACUACUCCUACGAGUCCUCUUCAGCGGCUCCGUUGGACAACCUCCUCGUUCCGGUUAAUUAUCAGGCCUAUUCUACUGCUUCUUCAGAUUAUUCUCAUCCGCUUCAGGUUUUUGGAUCGGGACACGUACCGUCGGUGUCGUCGGGGGACUACGAUGCCGCUUUAGUGGCGGUUGUUUCCGAGGAGGAGUCUGCGGGUGCAAUUAGAGAGAAAAUUGCUUCUCAUCCUCUUUACCCUAGACUUGUCGAUGCGUUUGUUGACUGCCAAAAGAUCGGUGCACCGCCGGAGGUCGCUAAUAUCCUAGGCAGAAGCGUUCGAGGAAGUGAUAUCGGCGAAAGAACUUCCAGCGUUUCAACUCGCUUGGGUGCCGAUCCCGAGCUCGAUGAGUUCAUGGAAACAUACUGCGGGAUACUGGCGAAGUACAAGCUGGAUCUCUCCCUGCCCUUUGUUGAAGCAUCUUCCUUCCUCAACAACAUGGAAACGCAGUUAAACAGGCUAUGUAACGGCACCACCAGAGGCUACGUUUCCGAUGAAGCUGCUGCUGGUUCAUCAGAAGAGGAUGUAAGUGCCGGAGAAGUAGAAUUGCAGGACUCUCUGUGGGCGAAUGAAGAUCGUGAGCUGAAGGAUCGACUCCUACGCAAGUAUGGUGGUUAUCUUAGUAGCUUAAAGCAAGAAUUUUCAAAAACUAAAAAGAAGGUAAAACUACCAAAAGAAUCCAGACAGAUCCUGCUUGACUGGUGGAACGUCCAUUGCAAAUGGCCUUACCCCACUGAGAUGGACAAAAUUGAGUUGGCGGAGUCGACAGGGCUUGACCCUAAACAAAUUAACAACUGGUUCAUAAACCAGAGAAAACGGCAUUGGAAAGCAUCAGAGAAUAUGCAAUUUGGUGAUGUGCAUGGGGUGUUUACGGCGGACCCCUUGUGAUGGAUGAAUGAGCCUUUUUCAUUGGUAACUUCACGUGUACGUGUAUUUCUCUUGAACACUACCAAAUUUUAACAUAUCAACUGUUGUGUAAUCAUUUUAAUGAAGAUGUUUAUAGCUCUACGUGGGACAGUACAGUUGAUUAUAAUGAAUAAUCCUCAUGUCUAGUU